GAAUGAAGCACAGCCAGCAAAACAAGCUCUUUGUGGUGUCCGCUCUGAGCUCUUUGCAAUAUUUCAAGAGGCUGAACUUCUCGGUGACUUCAACUCUAGCAGAAGCCUGUAAAGAUAUUAUUGAAGGUAAGGCGCCCUUCCUGAAGGAGAACACCUUAAAGACAUCACUCAGAGAAUCCAGUUGCACGGAGUACAUCGUGGGGAACCACUACAUCACCCGCGCCCUCUCGGCUGAGGAGGCCGCCUUCCCCGUUGCCUAUGUCGUGACCCUGCACAAGGAGUUCGAGACCUUCGAGCGGCUCUUCAGGGCGGUCUACACGCCCCAAAAUGUCUACUGCGUCCACGUGGAUGCCAAGGCGCCGGCCGCGUUCCGGCAGGCGGUGCGGCGCCUGGUGGGAUGCUUCCCCAACGCCUUCCUCGCCUCCCGGGUGGAGCGGGUGGUCUAUGGCGGCAUCUCUCGCCUGCGGGCUGACCUCCACUGCAUGAGAGACCUGCUGGCCUCGGCCGUGCCCUGGCGUUACCUGCUCAACGCCUGCGGCCAGGACUUCCCCUUGAAGACCAACCGGGAGAUCGUCCGGCUGCUGAAGGGCUUUGGGGGGAAGAACGUCACCCCCGGGGUGCUGCCGCCGCCCCACAUCACCGUGCGCACCAAAUACGUGCACAGGGAGAAAUUAUACUCUUUCUUUUCUUUCAUGCUGCGGACAUUCGUGCGCAAGGAGCCCCCACCCCACAAC